UAUCUCCAAAGACAACGGUAUGAAAUCAAUAGAGACUCUCGAAGUUGAAAGUGGACGAGAGUUAAGAGUAAGAGUUUGCGAGGACAUUGCCCCUUGACCUUAGCUCCUACUCCCAACACACCUGUGAUCGGGAAGCACUUGCUGUUUGAAUUGCUUUUCUUGAGGAAGGAUGUACCUCAAAUAUCAACGAAAGAGCAAUGCCGGCUUCCAUGGUUACAGCCGCGACCCCUGGUUCCUCGAUGUUUGGAAAGACCGAUGGUAGCGGGAUGUAUCUGUGUGACGUACAGGUAUACUUCGCUCUACACUCGGAACAAUUAUUCCAAGGAGAAGAAAAAAAACAUCUUCCCGCUACUCGGAGCUGGAAUAUUAAAUCUGGAACGACCCAAGACUCGCUAUUUGGAUACCUAGGUAGCCAGUCAGACAAAUACACAGCUAGAAGAACGCUCGUUUCACAUUCACAUACAUACAUACCUAGGUAUUCAACUCAUCCGCCACCUCGUAUAACUUGAGAAUUGUAGAAUCAAGAUGGUUUCAUUCGCUUUAUUGGGUCUUUUCGUCAUUCAAAUUCUCAACAACGUUGCGUUCGCAAGACGGUCUUUCAGAGUCCCAGCACCACCGUUUCCCAACAUUACGAACUUCGUCAACUUUACAAAUCUAGCCAAUUUCACCGAUAAAUUCGACGCCAACGUCCAGUGUAUCCCGUUCGAAGAUCCACAUUGCUGUGUUGACUUCCCUGUCUGUGAAUGCCGGAAUGGGACAUUCUUCAAUGUGAACCCAAGACGACUCAACGGAACCGAUCUUUUUUGUGUGCCCCCGGGUAACGUGACCUUCGGACAAGACACCAGCAGUAUUCCGGGUUGGUGCUGCUAGAAAUGAAUAGCGAGGACAUGACCCUAUUUCUUAAGAUGCUACAUGCUCAUAUCUUGGAAGAUUGUAGUAGGGGGAGUUUGCCGGGAGCGGAUUCAAAGGGAAGGCCUUGUCUAGAGACAUAAGGAUAGGGAGGUUCUAGCCAUGGGCCGGAGAUAAUUACCAGGUGAUUUUUUUUGGAAUUGCGUUCGUUGGUUGUCGAUACUAGAGUACAAGAACAGUCCUAGCAAUAUUCAUACAUAAUAUCCAUCAUAUCCCAUGAAACCUAAAAGGUGCAUGUCAAUCCAAUAUGAUACAUUAUAUCAUAUGAUGCUAUUAACUAUCCACUUUCCAGAUAGAAAGUAAUACAAAUGAUGUACAGUGAAGCUGGGUGGUUAAAAAGUUCUCGUGUUAGAGAGUAAGAGUAACUUCCCCUUUCCUGCGCAAUGCCACGAAAAACGACUCUCGGGAUUCCUGGG